CAACCUUUGCCGCUUGGUCAGAAAAUGGCGGAGCUUCGAUCUCGUAGCGUCGAUUGCUACUCUCUUUUAUUAAAAUUAAUGGACUCCACGAAUUAAUGUUGAUGAGAUAAGAAACAGAAAAUAUGGAGCAAAAUAUAAGUGACGGUAUGUGUCGGUGUUGUGCAUCAGAAGGUAGUUUUAAGGACUUUCAAACAACUUACCAUUGGAUGGGUGAAGAAGAAGUGUAUUCAAAAAUGUUAAAGGAUUGUUUUGAUAUAACUCUGUCUACAUCGGAGGUGAUAAGUAAUGGUGGUAUAUGCGAAGUAUGUAUCACGCAGCUUCGUAACGCGUUGAACUUCAAGCGUCAGGUCCAGGUCACUGAGGAGCAGUUCAAGAAGAAAGUCCACGAGACGGUUUUUAAAUCAAACACGAUAAAGCUUGAGGUGUCGAGGGGCGACGAGGAUUCUGAUAAUGAAGAGUCAGAUAAACUAUCAGAUUACGAGGUAACUAUCAAAGAGGAGAAGGAGGACGAGAAGCCGAAGAAGCGUCAGCCCAAAGCGACGACCUCCAAGACGAAGAAAGCGAAAACGGAAGGGGAACCUUCGAAACGCAAUCAAGAAGACACACAGGCGCUCAUGAUGGAAAGGAAUCUAAAGGCGCUUCAAAAUUUAAUGGCAAGGAGGAAAACCGAGAAGGUAAACGUGAGUUUAAAAGGGAAGGGACACAUAAAUGAUCACAAGGAGGUGACAAAACAUCAGAGCAACAUAAAAGAGAUUCUUCUCAAUUCUAACGCAACACCGAUCCGCUGUAGAGGCGGCAUCGGCUACGCCUGCUGCUUCUGCACAGAACAGUUCCCUAUAGCCGCUGAUCUGAAAAAGCACACGCAUGAAGAACAUUCAGACGACGAAAAAGCCAAAUUCAUGAAAGACAAAGAUAUGCACGGGUUCAUCGUGAAACUUGACGUAACGGGAUUGAGGUGCAAGCUUUGUGAUCAGGAUAUUAAGGAAUUAGAAAAGAUGAUCGAGCAUCUAGGAAAUGUUCACGGGAAGAAAGUGUAUACGGAUCUAAAGAAUCACAUACUCCCGUUCCACUUCCCAAGCGAUAUCCUCGAAUGCAUUAUAUGCUGCAACGUAUUCAACACCUUCAAGGCACUACAGGAGCACAUGAACUUGCAUUACAGGAAUUUUAUAUGCAGUUCAUGCAACGCUGGCUUCGUCAACAAAAAUAUCCUGCUGCGACACGGCGACGCGCACAAGACCGGCACAUUCCCGUGCGAUGUUUGCGACAAGACUUUCGACACAGCUCGCAAAAGGCAGCUGCACAGUCGCGCUAAACAUCCAGGUGAAAUAUUGCCACACAAGUGCGGGUACUGCGACGAAAGAUUCCCGGAAGUCCGGAAGAAAUAUGAGCAUCUGUCAAAAGAGCACGGCAUAAAGAAUCCUAGCAUCAAGUGCAAAGCGUGCGGCAAGGUGUUCGAUAAGAAGCAAUCGUGGAGAAUGCACACGACGAGGGUCCACCUCAUGGAGAGAAACCAUAAAUGCACGGAGUGCGCCAUGAAAUUCUACACACGGCGGGAAUUAGACAACCACAUGGUAAAACACACGGGAACGAGAAACUUCAAGUGCGAUGUCUGUUUGAAACAUUACGGAAGGUACAAGACCCUUAGAGAGCAUUUCAAAAGAGCCCACUCUUAAAUUUUUUCUCAUAAAUAUGUUGAGUUUGAAUAUUAUAUAGAAAAAAAGAUUACUUUACCUAGUUUAGAUUAUCUGUGUUGUGAUUCUAGUCAAAGUUUAACGCAGGAAGUGAAAAUUACUAUACGAAUCCCUUAGGGAGCGUCCCAACAAAGUAUACUUUUAGAUUGUUCGUGUACCUAAAUGUGUAUUUUAAUAAGAAAAAAAUUUACUAUUCCAAUGUAGUUUAUAGUUUAUAAAAGAUGUUUAUUUUUUUAUUAAAAAAUUCAUACAUUAAUUAAUGUGCUAUCGUAAUUGAGAAUGUUUGACAGCCGAGUCCCUUAGGGCACUUCGGUUCUCCACUAUGAUGUUGUUCUUAAUGUGUAAUAUAUAUAUAUAUUGUAUUGACAAAAUAAAAUACUGAUAACUUUAGCUUGAGUAGCUUAGAUAUUCAAUGUGAAACUAGUCGUGGAAAGAUAUUUUUUAUCGAUAUUUUAAUUAGAUGAAAAUAUAUUUUAGCUGAGUCCCUCAGAGACUUCAAACUAUCUCAAAUCUCAAUGUUAGAUUGCUGUCGUACUUUGAUUGGGUGAAGCGAGUUGAACGCUUACAGACAACUCAGGUCGUUCAUCCACGGAGAUGAUCUUGGAAACUGAAUGUAGGGUAGAGUCGAGGUUUUUUGUUCGAUAGACCAGUUACCUGGGGUGAUUUUUGCAGAAAGAAAUUAGAUAGGACCACCAAUUUUAAUUUUAAGCCCGGAAACCAGAACAAAUGUCCGAAAAAAUGUUUCGGCUCGAAACGCUGAGGUCGCUUCAUUCAACCUUCUUAUAUAUUAAAAAAUUUGUGACAUCUUUAUUGUGAAUCUAGAACAUUCCAUUAAAUAUAACUUAAUAAA